AUGGAGGAGAUAGAGCUACACAUUAUCAAAAAUGAAAUAAUAAAAAUAGGAGAUAAGCUAAUAGAUAGUGACGACAUAUUUCAUUUGUGUAAAAGAAUACAGAGGAGCAGAAUAACACAAUGUAUUGAUGCCAUUUUGGAGUGUAUUUUUUAUAUGCCAGUGAAGAUAGGAAUAUAUGCAACCAUAUUGGGAAUAAUAACGAAGGAUGAUGAGAAGCUGAAGCUGCAAUUAUUCUUGAAGCUAAAUCAUAAUAUAGAAGUUUUUAUAAAGGACAACUUCCUGCACUGCUUAUUAUGGAUAAGAUGCAUAAUCGCCUUAAGCUGUUGUCACGUGUUUCCAUUUGCUCAAUGUUUAAAUUUAUUUAAAAAUUUGUAUCAACUAUGUAUUGAAUUGUACAAGGAAAAGGAAUUCAUAAAGGGAGAUAACAUCUUGUACUUAUUUUUAAGCAAUUUCUUUUAUAUAUCGAAGCAGAUAUAUGAUGAAAAUAAAGAAGACUUGGAUAACAUGCUUACUAGUUGUUUCGAUCUAAUCGAAAAAAGACAAGAACACAUUGAUAACAUAGACCUAGACAAUAAUGAUGUGGCGACCAUCGAAUAUAUUUACCUCUACAUUAACAGUGUUAUACAUAGUGAUAAUUUUUACGAUAGGUUAUUUUAUUUGAAGAAUGCAUUGUACAAUUAUGUGGAGAAUAAUUUAAAAAGCGUGGCUACGCAUAGAUUUUAUCAGAAGGAAAUAUUUCAAAAUAUAUUUUUAAAGAAGGAAAGUUUGGAGGAUGGUUUAUCGGGUGGGGAGAAGGAGGAGUCUGAUAUUCACAGGGUUGUUCUUCUGGAGAAUGGAGAUGACCAUGUGGAUGGUGAAGUGCAUGACGAUUACCAAAACGAUGUAAGCAAUUCAAAUAAGGACACCUCUGGUGUGGCAUCGCAACAGAAUUAUAAGAAAAAAGAAAUAACCCUUCCAAUGGCUAUUGAGAAGUGUACAAAUGUAGAAUUUUUCUCGAACUACGAAUGCGCGCAGAGUAUCUUCAGUCUUCAAAUUAAAUUCAAGACAAAGCAUGCAGAUAGUAAAAACAUGCACGAUGUGUGGUUAAUGCAGGAGCAUAUUUUACACAUCAUCGAGCUGUAUAAUAAUAGCGUUGAAUUCAGCUCCAAAAUAUUAGGGCUAUAUGUUCAGCUGCAGAGCAAAUUAUACAAUAAUGUGUUAAUCGAAUGCAUCAUCAACAAAUUGUUGUCUUCCUUUAAUAAAAAAAAUUAUUACUUUUAUAUAUCGCUUGUUCAUAGAUUAUUGUUAAUAAAUAAAAAUUUGGGAAGUGUAAUUAUCCGUUGUAUUAAAUUUGUUUUGAAGCGAAUUGGCAAGUUGGACAACGAAUCCUUUUAUCUCUUCAUGGAGCUCUGUCUGUACAUGCUUUCCUACUUUGCCUACGAGAAUAAGGUGCUGAAGAGUAGGGAGAACUUUUUUAAAAGGAGGUAUAAUGACAUGAAUAAAAUUCUGAAAGUGCAGGAGGAAAAUAUGCAGAAAAUGGGCCUCGAGAAGGGGGGGGAGACCCAGGAGGGGGAAGACCCCAAUCAGAAUAGGAAGAAGAGGAAGCGGGACGAGGGGGAGCCAAACGAACAACCAAACGAACAACCAAACGAACAACCAAACGAACAACCAAACGAACAACCAAACGAACAACCAAAUGAACAAACGAAUGAACAAACAAAUGCACAAUCAAAUGCACAAUCAAAUGAACAAUCAAAUGAACAAACAAAUGAGCAACCAAGUGAAAAUCCUAAUGAAAACCCCCACGACGGAGAAAACGACCGCGAAAAUGCCACGGGCACAAAGAGAACCCCCGUCGUCCUGAAAAAGAAUGAAAGCACACUGAACGCGAUGAAAAACCUGGAUUGCAAAAUGCCCUUCUGCAUUGAAGCUGACAUGAGGUACAGCUCGGAUGAAGAAGACGAUGCUAAAGGGAAUGAAGAUGUUGAUAAAGCGCAAAAAGACGAAAGGGAUGAAAAUGACGAAGAGGAAAGUGACGAUGAAGAAGAUGACGAAGAAAAUGAGGAAACUGAUGGUAGCAAAAACAUUUUUGACGCGCAGAGUUUUAAGGAAGAGUUGGAGAAUCUAGACAUGGGAGAGAACUUAAAAAAAUUCACCAAUUUAAUGUAUAGUGUGAAAAAGAAAUAUUGCCGAAAGUGGGUACGAAAUUUUUAUUUCAAAUCAUGUUCGUUAAUAUAUAAAAACGAGUUAGAAAAUUUGAUUCCUAAAUCGGUUAUCACCUACUGCAACAGUUUUAAGUAUGAUGUGGAUCGUCAGCAUGAAGCAUAUUACGAGUAUGCUAUUUUUAACUUCAUAUUGAAGUACUCCAUAGAGGAGAUUAACAAUAUAGAAGAUCAAUUUUAUGACAUGAGCAGAGAGGACGAUUAUAAUAAUGAUGUUGAGCAGAAGGCUUUGAACAAAUUUAAAGAUUGUAUUAAUAGCUUUAUUCAAACGUUUUUUAAUUACCUAAAUGAAAAAUCGUGUCUGAAUAAAGUACCCCCUUAUUUUGAUAACAUAGAAAAAAAUAUUCAGCAAUUGGAUAAUCCUUCAAGUACCAAUUUGGAUGGCACCUUUUUUAAUAGGUACAUUUCUCCAGGUGAUUUUACAGAUAGUGAAGCGUGUUGGAACAGUUAUAGUAUUUUAAUAUUAUUUUUUAAGGCUCUGAUAUUUUUUGACUCUUCAAAUGUUUCUUCUUUGAAAAAGAACUUCAAAAAUCACGCGGUCAUUUUUUCUAAUUACAAAAAUUCGGGUGUAUUUACAUCUGAUGAGGAAAGGCUCCAGUUCGAAAUCGAAUUAUUGUCAAUUGUUUAUGCAUACUUUAACAACUCCAUUUUGCUGAACGCUGUUGUGGCGAUUUUGCUGGAGAAUGAAAUCGUCCAGGAGUUGUCCGUCAUGCAUUUUAUUUUUGCGAAAUUGGAGGAUACCAGUUUAGACGAAUACUACGUGCUGAAACUGAUUUACGAAAGCAUAGACAACCUAAUCAUAAGGAAGGAAUGCAUGGACGUGGAAAAGAGCAAGCUGAAGAGAAAGCAAACCAAGAACGAAAACGAAAUGUUAAUGAAAGAAUUGGAGGAUAAAAAGAAUGAGCUCAUUCAGAAGGUUUUCCUUUUAACCAAUAAAACAAUUUUCAUGCUAAGUGAAAAAAUGAUAAAACUAAAAAAUGAAAAUAACGCAUACAUGAGCAAGGAGUUGUUAAAAGAGUCUUUGGUUUUCUUACGAACGUACGCCGAUUAUAUCGAUGCUGAUCAAUUUUUGCAGCUGUGCCAGGAAAACAGUUUCGCCUCAGAAUUGACAGAAUUAGCAACUAUUUUUAAGUACUCCAGUUUGAAAAAGAAGAACAUCGAAGUGAAUUAG